AGCCUUGUGGGUAGCGGAACAGGUCACUUCGGAUUCAAAUCAGUCAUGAAAAAUAGUUUGCAAAAAACAUAAAUGGACUUUAAGUUUUCUACUGGACUCUAGCAAGAAAUCUUUUAAGAGGUAUGCUUUACACUGCAUGUUGCAUUCCUGUACAAGGGUUUCUCUCAAGACGAUUGCCGUUAUGUCUUGUAUGCACUGUUGCCAUGGUUAUUUUGGCAAGCUACUCAGGUUACAGUUGCACAAGAAGUCUUAAAUUAAACAAAUCAAGCAGCCAACGAACUUUUAACAAAGCACCAUCAAAUGAAAGCCCUCGGAUGGAUAACGAAAGGCCGUGUUUGAAGGACGCCUUUAAAGAUAUUUUACUCGUCAUUGCUUACAAUUAUCCACUCUAUGACAGUAUUCCUCAUCUAGGGGCUCUUUACAGACCAGCUUUUCCUCAUUUGUUAUUCUGUGGACCUCCUCAUAAUACUACACGUACUGGAAUUUUAAUUGUCGAUGUUUAUAGAGGUAUUUUAGGGUAUGAGUGUCUUGGUAGGGCAAUACGUGAACAUCCGGGAUACAAAGGAUAUUUUUACAUAAACGAUGACGUCAUACUUAAUUAUUGGAAUUUCCCAGAUUUUGACAGGGAAAAAAUUUGGGAAUCUUCGUUCUCGUUUGGUUCUACGCCUAUUUAUGAGCCCGCGAACAGUAACUGGUACUGGUGGAUAUCUCCGUACGGCUUGAACAAUUGCCGAAGAGCUUGCGAAGACGUGGCGAACAUGAACUCGGGUCCGAAAAAACUCAACGUUAGAUACCUUAUAAACACUCUCUUCAAAAACAGUAAUGGAACCUUACGGUGUUUCAGCGGUCGCUCGGAUAUUCUAUACGUUCCUUACAAACACGCCAAAGCGUUUUCGAUACUUUCUGAGACUUUUUACGAGAGGAAAGUUUUUCUUGAAAUUGCCAUUCCAACUAUGAUUCGUUUCCUGGAAAGAAGUGACAACAUCGGUCGACUUCCUGGCUAUUAUAUUCCAGGAGAUGUACGCAAAGGUGAUCCGCGAGUUACUGAUAGCAGGUUUUUCUGGUUUGUCUACUUUCCGAAAAACAAGUUGUGGUUUAUCCAUCCUUUCAAACUGCACCAACAUGAGCUUGAUAGCAAGUUUAACAUGGUCAUGUUGAAAUUCAUUCUCUUAGAGAAAGUUAAAUCACUUACGAACUGCAGGCCCUCAACGUUUUCUAGCAGAAAACCCAAAUUGACUUGAUUCUUUAAUUGUUUUCUUUUUUAAAAAUCAAAUGCGAUGUCAUUUAAUUUUACCUUGACGUCCCAGCUUCGAUACGUUUCAACGCGAGCCUGGAAGAUUGGGGAGAGUGCGUGAAGUUGAGGCUAGAGGUUGUCUUACUAUAAAAUUUACUUGAUCUCCCUAUAAGGCUCAGUAGCAUUCUUAUGAUCCCCCUCCCUGGCGGUCGAUUUUCUACUGUCCCUUUUACUCUGUUAGCGAAGAGUCAUCCCUCUCAGGUCCCUACCCAUGAAAACCAUGUGAACCCCCCCUCCCCAAAUGCCCCAUCCCCUUCUCCCACCCCGGGCGACAUAUAAUGACUGUUCCCUUGUAAACAAGCUGUUUUGAUGAAACAUCAACAACAACUAAUCCGCCUGGUAGGAAGAUCUGAAGAAGUAAAAAGACGCAAGUCCAAACUACCCAAACAAAACUUUGGUUUCUUUUUUUUGUGUUUUCUUCCUGGUAAAGUUACUGUUGUGCUAGAACCACUUAACCACAAGUAAUAAAUAAAGGCGAUAAGUUUCUAAAGAA